AGUAAACGUGUAAAAUGGCUGGGUUAUUAGAUUUUGAUUUCCUGGACGAAGUCCGGCGAAUGAAUAAAAGACAGCUCUACUAUCAAGCUCUGAACUUUGGUAUGAUAGUUUCCUCAGCUUUAAUGAUAUGGAAAGGUUUAAUGGUGGUAACAGGAAGUGAAAGUCCCAUUGUAGUUGUUUUGAGUGGAAGUAUGGAGCCUGCUUUUUACAGAGGUGAUCUUCUACUCUUGACAAAUCAUCCAGAAGAACCUAUUAGAGUUGGUGAAAUUGUUGUUUUUAAAAUUGAAGGAAGAGAUAUUCCUAUUGUACAUAGAGUACUAAAGAUACAUGAAAAAGAAGAUGGUUCACUUAAAUUUUUAACUAAAGGUGACAAUAAUUCAGUUGAUGAUAGAGGUUUAUAUGCACAAGGACAGUUCUGGUUAGAAAAGAAAGAUGUUGUUGGUAGAGCACGAGGAUUUUUGCCCUAUGUGGGCAUAGUUACUAUAUUAAUGAAUGAUUAUCCUAAGUUCAAGUAUCUGGUAUUAGCCUGUCUUGGUAUAUAUGUUUUAAUACAUAGAGAAUAACAUUAAAUAUCAUAUUUCUUAAACUCACUUCAUUUGUUAUUGUGUCAUUUGUUGUAAAUGGUACUGGGUGAAACUGAAAUUAAUCUUCUAAAUAAUUGAUUUGUUUUACAUGUCUGGGAACGUAUGUGGUAAGGCAUAUAUUGUGAUGAGUGAAGUCAUCGAACACUUAAUUUCAGUUGAAUUGCAGGAAUCACAGACGUCUGAUUGAAAAUUGGAAUUGUGCAAAUGGAUGCUAUCUGUGUCCCCAAUACACCUAAAAUAUUGUGAAAACUUCUUUACAAUCCCUUGAUUUCAAUUAUUAGGCUUUAUAAGGGAAGAAGUAAUUUUCUAAAUGGUUUUGUUGGGCGGAAACAUUGUAAUUUAAAUACAUGUGGUUGUAGGUGAAAAAAAAAAAUAUACCACAGGUUAUAACUGUUUUAUGAAUCAAAAAUUUAGUAAUGAAAUUUGAAAAAUGUCAAUAAAAAUCAAAUUUGUAUUGUCAUUAUUUAUGAAUAUUUUGUUAGUUAUUCUUGUGGAUAUACAUGUAUAAGGUAAAAAUUGUACAAUAUGGCCUUCUAUUAACUGAAGAAAAUUGAAUGUGUUUCACAUCUUAUAGUGCGUUACUGUAUUUCUUAAUAUAUUUGCCUCAUAUUUCUCUUAAUAUUAACCUGUAUUAUAGAUGUGUCUAAAUAAACAAUAAAAUUCUUUGUUAUUUAAAGUCUUAA